AUGGCUCUCGUUACAGUUCUACUCUUGCUGGCCGUGUCCUUCCACUAUUCAAAAGCCUAUGAACAGCGAAUCGUCACCAAGGGCCUGAUCACCUGCAACAAGACGGCCGAUGGCAAGCCGUUCCGCGAUGAGGAUCUUUUGGUCCAGCUGUACGAUCAUGACUACCUCUCUUUUGACGACCUCAUCACGGAAAACUACUUCCCGAAUGGGCAGGUCUUUUUCAAUGCCUCAACCGACCAAUGGGUUCGCGUCGUCCCCAAGAUUCACAUUCACCACACUUGCGGGUCCACGAGGCAGGGUUGCUACUUGAUCACCGAGGUGUUCCUCAAAAAAGUGGCGGAUGGUUCGUACCCUUUUGACACCGUCAUCCUCGACGUCAAGUCUCAGAUAUCCACCAAGAAGACCUGGGAGAAAUGUGCUCCCCGACCUCGCGCCGUCAACUUCGGGCCCAAGAGAGGACAGCCUGCCCAGGGCCAGAUCUUCGCCGGCCAGGGCUCGAAUUCGACUCGGACUGCU